UUCUUCAUUAAGUGAAUAUGCUAUUGGUUGAAUAUGGCUGUUUUGGGGUUGCCCCAUUGGUAAAAGUUUACUGACGUUUCAGAGGUACUUGCUGUCUCCAUCAUCACUAUGAUGAUGGAGGCAGCAAGGACCUUUGAAACGUAAGUAAACCCCAAGACUACGUAGCACAACAACCCAGAAGACACGUAUUCAUUGCUGCUUUUCCUAUGUGCGUCAGCUAAUACGUAGUCGAAAAACAUUUUUCCUCCAAAUCCGUACUCGGAUGCUGCAUCCUUGUGCUGUUCUGUCUCGCCAAACUAAUUUGAUGGGUUUUGAAUUGCGUGGGAAAGGAGGAGUAUGGUAUAUGCCAUGCCUAUUCACUUUAGAUUUUCGUCCAUUGCUGGCAACGAAGCAUAAGACAAUGUUUUAGAUAUAAUAAAUAGUUGAUUAACUUCCGUUGAAGAUAGAUUACAAGGAUAUGUAUGCGUGACGUCAUAGACAGGUGUGCUGCCAACCUUUAAAGUUGUGUGGGAUUUUCUAUGCCCAUGGCGUUAUCACGGAUUCAACAGCAGCGCAAGACUAACCUAUGAAUUGAACGUUUUGAUAUCCGUGAUAUCUGUUCACAUUUCAGUAAGUUGAGAGAAAUGUAACAUGGCAGGUGAUCUGCUUUUUAAAGGAAAUGACCCAGGUGCGGUUAGGCAUGGGAAUUUUAUAAAUUAUUAUCAGUUUAAUUCUACCGAAAGUAGAUUAAAGUUAUUACCGACAGAUCUGUGGAAAGUAAAGAGCGCUCAGAGCCUUGUGUGUCUGGACAUAGGAUGCAAUUCUGGGGAUUUGACACAAGAAUUAUACAAGUUUCUUUCAACACAUCUCUCUUUUGUUGCUCCCAGUGUGGAAGUCGGUGAAGAGAGGAAAGGAAAAGCUGAUUCUUACAUUCUUGGCAUAGAUUUGGAUCCUAUUUUGAUAGCAAGAGCUGAGGAUGCUAAUAAAUACACCUCAAAUGUUACGUAUAAAUGUGUUAAUUAUAUGAGAGACAGAGAGGGUAUUAUUCCCUUGUACUUGAAACAAUGCAGUAAAAAUUAUUUUGAUGUCAUCUUUUGUUUUUCUGUUACAAUGUGGAUACACCUAAAUCAUGGUGAUGAAGGAUUAAAAGAGUUUCUAAUUAGUGUGUCAAUGCAAACUAAUAUGGUUGUUAUUGAACCUCAGCCAUGGAAGUGUUAUAAAUCUGCUGUGCGUCGGAUGAAACGAUCUGGAGGAAGUUUCCCCAAAUUCGUAAAUUUAAAAAUGCGAGAUCAAAUAGCUCUUGACAUUGAAAAUAUUUUCCUCAAUGAAUGUAACUUUAUAAAGAUUGAGAAAGAAACUGUAUGUACAGAAUGGGGAAGGCAACUUCUAUUUUUUAAGAAAGUUUCGUCAGAAGGAUGAUAACUUGAAAUUAUUCUUUAGUUUUUAUCUGUAAUAGCGCCUCUCAUUGCGUGUCUUUCGAUCCUGGAAGUGAUGGGAGCCGUUAUUAGAUCUUCGAACAGGGAAAAUAUUCAUGUAACUUAAGAAGAAAAAACAGUUUUUUCGUUAAUGUGUGGAUACACUCUACAGUGGAUAUAUAAUUAACAGUAAAUUGGUAUUAAUCUUUUAAAGUUAAGAUUCCAGCAUUAACAUUUAUGUAAUGAACAUGCAAAGAAACACUUUUACUGAAUUAUAUUUAUCUUUAAUGAAUUGUUAACUUAUAAUGUUACCUUUGUUGCACUGGUGCAUGGGAAUUGAAGCUUGGUACUACAAAACUGCAGGAAACACAUAAUUCAGUAAACAUUAGGAAGUCUUGUGUAACAAGUGAUAAGUGAACAACAUCAAGUAUAAGUGCGCAUAUAUUUGCUCCCCUUCCUUUCCUGAUGCUCUUCAUAUCAGAUACCAGCAUUCAGUUUACUUCACACGCCCUGUUUCCACUCAUGUGAAAUGUUACAGCAGAAUUCAUGAUAUGACACUUACUGCUCAAUGUAUUUAUGUUGGUAGCCAACCCCUUUCUUCGUUUAUGAAUUUCAAGGAUUCCCACAUAAUCAUUAUCAUAUUAUUUACAUUUUGCAUUUGUGUUUAUGAAAUUGGGUAAGAUUCCCAAGUCUUUAAUUAUAUAACCUAACUUCUGUUCACAUUUUAUACUUUCAGAAGUAUUACCAGGUCGUAAGUUGCUUUCCUCUGUGAGACAUUAUUAUGUACACAGAUACAUACUGUCCUGAAGCUACACAAUUUUUUGGAUGUUGGGUUGGUGUGGAAAUACAUCCCGGACAGCUAUUAAUGAUGACUACUUAGGCUUAAACACGGUUACGAAUAAAUGUAAAAAGAGGGGAAUACUUAAUAUUGCCACAUGGAAUGUACGUGGAAUUGCUUUCAAAGAAGAUCAAUUAGAUGAUAUACUUGCAAAGAAAAAUAUAAAAGUCAGUACAGUUUGAAGAAUAAAAAUGCCAGAUGAUGGAAUGAUAAUGUUUACGUGACUGUACAGACAAUACUAUUUGUACUGCUGUAGACAAUGUCAACACAAGGAAUAAGAAUCAGCCUCACAGACCAAUUGCCAUCCCCUCGUAUUUUCAUAAGGGUGCAUAUUAUGCAGAAAUCAAAAUUUUCAACAGUUUUCACCAAGUCUCAUAAGUCUUCUAAAUAAAAAAGGCACAAUUUACAGUAGACACUUAUUUAUGCACUCCUUUUACUCUGAGGAUGAAUUUCUAAUGUUUACAAAUAAUUUAUAAUUUUCAUAAGAGUUUGAAUUGCACUUGUAAUGUGUAGAAUAUGUAUUGUAUUAUUAUGACUUAUUCUACAUCUUGUCAUCUGACUAACUUAUGGAUACAUGGAAUGUAAUAAAGAUGUGUAUAUAUAUAUA